AACUAUCGGAUUUUCUUCGGAUUUUUUGACAUAGAAUUCGGAUUUUUCAGUGAAGUAGCAUUGGUAACACUGAUCACUGAUUCUAAUCUGUGAUUUAAGCAUGGUCUAUGUCUAUAGACUUAACCUAUAUUCAUAUAUGUACACUAUAUUUGAAAUAGUGUGGUUCAAUAUCAAAUUUUUAAUUUUUUAUUAAUAAAUUUUUACUGUGUUAUGCAUUACUAGAAGUAUAUAACAAUGGAGGUAGAAUUGAAUGAAGAAAUCUCUCUUAACGAGGAAUGUAAUCGAAUUGAUGUUGAUCUACAAAAUGGUCAGGGAUCUGCUAAUGGACUCGAAGCCAAACUAAAAUUGGAGGUAUCUGUGAAUAAUGCCAAUAGAAAAGUUGUUACAGCGUUCUCGAAAGCAAUUCGUUUUGUAGGUGAGGUUAAUCCUGAUGAUUCCAAAUACAAUCAUUUUACGUUGAUUCGUAACAAGAAAACAAAUAAGGUUCGGUUGGUCUCUUAUGAUUCAGCUCCUAUAGAUUCCUUCAAUAAAAAAGACGGAUCUUCAAAGAAUAAUGAAACUCUUACAUCUGAAAGGAUUCGAGAGAUUGGGGUAACCGAGUUCGGUUCUAAAAAGGCUAUAAGAGCUUUCCUACAGAAAGAAAAAAUGAAAUUGGAUAUUGAGGAUGUAAAAGAAGAAUUACAAACAGUAGUAUCAGAAAUAAAUUCCAACGAUCUUACUCUGAAUCAAUCCCAAAGCCAGUCUAUGCAGGAAGAUUCAGAAUAUUUGCCUCCUAUCAAUAGAAAUGCUUCGUCUCUUGAGCAGGUUUAUGAAUUAGAAAAUUUGAUACCUUCGAAAGUGAUGGACAGUUUACAAUCGGACUUGGAAGUUGUUGUUGAAACAGACGAUUUGACAACUCUCCCGUUAUGUCCUUUCUGUCUGCAGAAUUUAAGAAUAUUGAAAGGAAACGAUGAAAUCAUGUCGAAUAGUUCAAGAAGUAAAAUAUACCUUUACUUGAAUUACUUAAUAUACUUUUUGAUAACUCCUGUGAGAAAUAUGAACAGAAAAUACGUUGUAUGUGAAUCUUCUCCUGUUGUUAACAGUUAUAUUUUGGAUAACUUCAGUACCACUGCUGGAAAAGCUAUGAGAACCCGACCGACAUUCAUGAGGGAUAAAGCGAUCUGCUACAUAUUGGUCUUGGCAAUGCUUGCUUCUCCCAAAAAUCAGAUAGAUUUGGAAGCCCUUUCUAAAGAAAUGAAGAUUGGAAUCAAGAAACUGCAAGAAAUAUCAAGGUUGCUUGCAUUCUCUUCAGGUGGCCCUAAGACGGUUGUCCUGAAAAUGCCCUUACCAGCUGCUGUCACAGCGUCCAAGGGAAAAAGGAAAAAAUGAUAUAUUCAAUAUCAUCCAAUGAUUACUGGAUCACGUUUCUGGUUUGAAAUUUUAAUUGAACUGUAUAUUUACAAUUGACGAAUAUUAUUUGUGUUUUUUUAAUUUUUUCUUUUUCUUUUAUUGAGAAAUUAAUUUCCUGCCUUAGAGAUUUUUUGUGGGGCAU